AUGGGGGCGGCCGUGUUCUUCGGCUGCACCUUUGUGGCUUUCGGACCGGCUCUGUCUCUCUUCAUCCUCACCAUCGCCCGGGACCCCCUCCGGGUCAUCAUCCUGGUUGCCGGAUCUUUCUUCUGGUUGGUGUCGGUUCUCCUGUCCUCUCUGAUCUGGUUCAUAUCCGUCCAGGUCAGCAAUAAGAAUGACUCCAGCCUGCAGUAUGGAUUGCUCAUAUUCGGAGCGGCCAUCUCUGUCCUGCUGCAGGAGGUCUUCAGAUACGCCUACUACAGACUGCUCAAGUUGCCUACCCCUGUACCUAGUCUAAAGCAGAAUAUCAGUACAGAUAAUAACGGGACGUUUCUGUUUUCCCCCACAGUGUCCGGCUUCUCAUUCGGGAUCAUCAGCGGAGUUUUUUCCGUAAUCAACAUCUUGGCGGACGCGGUGGGCCCUGGGAUUGUGGGGGUUCAUGGCGAUUCCCAGUAUUACUUCCUAACUUCAGCAUUCCUGACCAUGGCGAUUGUUUUUCCUGCACACCUUCUGGGGCAUCAUAUUCUUUGCCGCUUGUGAAAAGCGAAAACCAGUGCACAUCGUGGGCGUGGUCCUCUGUCACCUGAUCACCUCCGGGCUGACAUUCCUGAACCCGAGGUACGAAGCCAGCUUGAUCCCCAUAUACAUCCUCACCCUAGGCAUGGGAGUGUGGGCUUUCAUAGCAUCAGGCGGCAACCACCACAACAUACGCAAAUGCCUUGCUUGGAAACGGCAAGAAUGUAACCAGGUUAUGGUCUAUUCUGCUCUUCAGGUGCCCAGUGAGGAUUGA